UCCCAGAGAGAGUGAGAUGGUGAUUUAUGGUCGUUUGAAUUGCCCAUGGAAACCCAAUAGUGACGUCAUAGCUGUGGCAGAGGCUGCGUGCGUGUUUGAGAGCGAGUAUGGCCAUCGUGGUUUAUUUUUAUUUCCCGGAGUGGUGGACGCCUCAUGCUCUUUAGUGCCUCUCAUGGUGGUCAAUGUUAGCAAGGAAGCGGUAGAAAUACCUGCGGAUUUGCUAAUCGGUUUACUAUGCCCAAGAGAAAACCUGACUGUCUCUUCUCUGGAACAAGUGGUGCCUGGGGAUGUCAUGGACACCAGGGAACUACCGGAACAUUUGAAGAAGCUCGUCGACGAUCCAGAAGAUUUAACGGUUGAACAACGUCAAAGUGUUCAUGAUUUGCUCAUCGAAUUUCAGUAUAUUUUUGCUGGUCCUGAUGCCAAACUGGGACGAACUUCUGUAGUCAAACAUAAGAUUAAAACGUCAACAUCUGAACCAAUCAAAGUUCCACCGCGACGUAUGGGAUGGGCGAAAAGAGAAAUCGCAGAGAAACAAGUACAGAGCAUGCUUGCUCAAGGUGUAAUAGAACCGAGUGAAAGUCCCUAUAAUUCGCCUAUUGUUCUCGUUCCUAAGAAAGACGGAAGUUGUCGUUUUUGUAUCGAUUUCCGGAAAAUUAAUCUGGUAACCAUCAAAGAUGCCUACAGUUUGCCAAGAAUUGAUGAUAUUUUGGAUGCAUUGGGUAAAGCAAAGUGGUUUCAUCGUUGGACUUGGCGAGUGGGUACUGGCAAGUAG